AUAGAUCUUUGUCCCACUGCUGUGGAGCAUCGCUCUGUCUGUCUGCUGGUCUCUCCAAGUGCUUUCUCGGGAAUUGCUAAGUUUUCCUUGUUCUACAUGUCUUUCCUUCCAGCUCUUAGCAUCCUUCUUCACAUCAUCCUGUGUCACACCUUGCACAUCUGGCGUGUCUCUGAGUGCAAUAAUUACGUGCCAUGGUCUUGUGGCUUUGACUGAAGCUCAAUUUCGUGCAGCUUUUUAAACUUCUUUGGAUGCUUCUCCCUUCCCAGGUGCAUCAGUGUCAUACUUAAACAUCAUGGCUUUUUCUUCCUCAGCAUCUUGGCAUCUUUGUAACAAAGUGUCUGCUUUAGAUUUUUAUAACAUCCUGGUUUGACUGUUGUAGUGCUGUCUUUUCUGUCAUUUUCUAUUGGAUUUUUUAAUUCCAAAUGAUGAUUAAUCUUCCAUGCUCUCUAGCUACAGUGGUGUUGUCUUUGAAUUCCAUCACUUGCCCAUAAUGUUAAUUUAGACUGUUCCUUAUUUCCUAGGUUCUGUAGCCUCUUGCACAUGAAAUUGCUAUUUUGUUGAAUGAUUCAUGGCCACUUUUUUGGUGUCAGACGAGUUCACAUUGCUACGACUUGUUCUUCCUAACCUUUAUUUCCCUUUCCACUAACGAUUCCAAGCCUGAGCAUCUGUGUGUGCUGAAACAGAAGGGAGGGAAGGGAGAGGUUAGAUAAUAUCUGUUACAGAUGGCAUGAAAGAAGUGCUAACCAGUGAUUAGGUCUCCUUCAUUCAAUGUUCUGUGCAAGUGUAAUUAAAACAUUUCCUUUGAUUUCAUCCCAGAAGCCUUCAGUCUUAAAAUUUUUAACCUUUCUGUCCAUCUUCAUCUCUGAGUACCAUAGAUUCAGGUAAUCUAAGUGGUAAUAAGUUUUGUUUUGUAGCUGUACUAAGUUUCAUAGCUUACAAUUGCUGGGCUGUGACCUGGCUGUUCUUGUUCAGGGUGUGUUUGAAGUCUGUUGUUUUGGUGGGGUUUUGUUGCUGCCUGGUCACUCUCAAAGGGUCAGGAUGGUGCUGAAGUGGAUUUUUAGGAAUCUCCAGAAACCUUGGCUUGUGGAUGCAAAAUCAAAUUUUGUAAUAAAUUGGUAGUCUAAAUUUUAUUUCAUCUUAUUCCAUAUAAACUCCUAUGCUCUUAUUCUUACAAUGCCUGAUUUUCUUUCAGCUGCUGAUUGUUCAGAGCUUACAUGUUGAUUUUAUGCUUCAAAGAGAUAUGUCAAAUAACACUGUUUUCAUUCCUUAUUCUGCACGUCGUUCAAUUAAUUGAAAGUAUUGAGGUCUUUGCUGUCAUUCUUUUCGCUGGGUGGCUCUCUCUUAAGUUGAAGGCUCAGUUGUUUGUUGCGUGUGGAGUGUUUGUCUACAGAGCACUCUGUUGUAAAAAAUUUUUGUAACAAGCUUUAUAUGCUUACAUGAAAAACACCUUCAGUGCUGUAAGAAUAUUUUAAAGUGUGUAAAGGAUUAGCUCUUCUUGCACUAUUAGAAUUCUUCAAUUUAAAAGAGAUCAAAUUGUUUUGAGCCCUCCCCUGUCAUCUGGACUUCUCUCGUAGGAGUAAAAUACAUGUAUAGAAGAAAAUACAAACAAACCCAAAUUAUAUAAACAUAUACUAAGUGACUUCUUUAUAUAUAUGAAGAUAUUUUCAAGAAAUUUGUACAAUAAUGCUUUCCCUGCCUAAGUACUUUGGUUCAUUAACACUAUGGCUGGUAUGCCAUAGAUAUUAAGAUCUUAUUUUCAGGUCAUAUGAUUUAUUUUUUUUUAAUGCCAGAGAAUCAAUUACUUCCAUUUGAGAAAAGAAAAAUAUGGGAUUGCCAUUUAUUAUAAUAAAAGAGUAGGUCAACAAAUAGUUAACUUAUUUUGUGUCUGCCUUGGGUAUUUUUUUUGUCACAGGGGUGGCUCUGACAUUAUAUGAUCAAGUAUAGUCAUUGUGUUUCUAACUGGUUGGAGUAUAAGUUGCUACCAAAAAAAUCCAUUGACAAUUUCUCUUUGGAAUUCUGUAAGAGUGGGGUUUAAAUAUUCUGAAUUUAUGAUCUCCAUCUUAUAUUUAGCAAUUUAGAUAGGAAAUGAAAACUUACAGUGAGGGUGGAAAACACGGUGCAAUGUGUGAUUUCUGCUGACAAGGUGUGUUAUUUCCUCAGUCCAGUUAUCAAAUAGCAACCACAGGAAUUAAACAGUCCCAUGGUGCCCUCUCUGUUUCGGAGUCUCUGUUAGAAAUUGCCUCCUUUACCCAUAAUGAUUUUCAAAUUCUGUGUCUGCUUUUAAAAUAGUUCUGCAUGUACAUUGUCUGUAUAAAGUGUAUUAGAAGGUGUGAGUGAUUUUAAACUACGCUGCAUCUUCCAAUUUUUCAAAUUUAGGUGGCCUAAUUAGUUAGUUUAUGAUGCAGCAGGAUGGACAGUGAUCAGAAAACCAAAGCAGCAGAUGAUAAAAAUGAGAAGAGCAACCAACAAUUUUACAGAAGUGCUGCUACUGUAUUGGAGAAAGAGGGAAGGUUUACAAAGGGAAAGUUUCUACUAAAUUAAAAUAUAAGCAUUUGGCUCAUAAGGAAACGAAACACCUUUUUGUUGUUUCGUUGCAGGGGUUUUUUUUUAACAGGGAGUAAGUGUGAAAGCUGAAGAGGAGAAAAGAGAAGACAACACAAAUUGAUUGUUAGUUGGAAGACAGUAUUAGAAUGCCCUUGCCUAAGUAACUUUUCCCUCUGAAAAAUUUCUUGGCAGGCUUUCUCUACUGUGAGGCUGUGUUUAUACUUGUAAAUUAAACAUAUCUGGAAAUCUUGGACACAAAGAGCAACUGGCACGAAAUGGCCCCCAUCUCUACUAGCAAAUUCUCUUAUCUUCCAAAACAAAGCAGUAGGACAGAAACUGCUCGAGAACUGACCUUAGAAGGAGUCCUCACUCCAGGCAAGGAAGGUGCCUCGCAGAGUGUUGGUUCUCACAGGACAAAUCCCUGCCAGGGACUGUUGUCACAGAUACCAGUUGGUAAGAUAGGAGAGGGAGCAUUUUCUGAUGUCCUGCAGACACUGAGUCUUAGGAAUGGAAAGUACUAUGCAUGUAAACACAUGAAGCAACAUUUUGAAAGUAUGAAACAAGGGAAUAAUCUGAGAGAAAUACAAGCAGUAAGGAGGCGAAGUCCACAUCCUACUAUCUUUAUGCUGUCUUAUUCCUCUGCUCCAGGCUCGGGUGCUACACUGUUAAUGACAGGCCUGUUUCCUACAAACACAUGGGAAGCCGGUAAUGGUGUCAGCAGCUUGGCUUUCUGGAAUUCUCAGUCUCAGCUGCCGUGUUGUUACCCAAGUAAACGCUGGCUGUGUGAAUUUAUGGACGUGGCUAUUUAUGAACUGAUAAAAGGAAGGAGAAAGCCAUUGCUUGAAAAAAAAUAGAACAACGUGUACCAGUUAUGCAAAUCUCAAAUAACGCAGAAUACCUUGAAGUUGGGAGAUUUUGGAUCCUGUAGUAUCUGUUCUCAGCAGGCACAUAUGGGCUGUGCCUCCCCACGCUGGUACCCAACACCUGAAUGUUUCCUUGCAAAUGGCCACUAAAGUUACAAAAUGGGUAUGUGCAGUGCUGGCUGUGUUUUCUGUGAAAUCACAAGGUACAUAAAUAAAUUAAGGGCAUGUGGUAAUAUGAUCUUCGUUUCCAUGGAUUUGUGGAAGCUUCUUCUGUGCUUAAUCUGCAGGGUUCAUGAGGCAGUAAUCCGGUCUGGCCUGGCACUCUCUUCACCCUAUGGCAGUUUUCUUGGACCUGAUGAGCUGGACCAAAUUUCAAAAAUCCACAUUAUAGGCACUCUUGCUAAAACAACUCUCAAGAAGUUCAAGCAGUCAAGAAUUUCUAGUUUUGAUUUCCCCUUUAAAAAAGGAAAAGGAAAACCUCCUCUAGUGCACAAAUUGACUGCCAAAGGUUUCUCUCUCCUGCAUGCAAUGAUAAAAUACAACCACAAUUAGAGAACUGCUGCCCAUCAAGCAUUACAGCACCCUUAUUUUCAGGAACUCUGGAAAGUCCAGGAAAAAAAACAAACAACAAAACAAAAUGGAUCUCCUCUUGGAGAUUUACCAAAAUGAAAUUCUUCUGGAGUAGCCAAAUUGACUUCCUGUUCUACUCCUACACUGCACUCAGUUUUCUGGGCACCUAAGGAAAGCGGUGGAAACCCUGUGUUCCAGUCUGUUAAAUUUAUUGGAUCAAACAUUGAGGUGUAGACUCUCACUCGCCCAUUGACGUAUUUCAAACUUCUGUUGCUUCCUCAACAGUCUGAGAAACAGAAGGCAUUUAAGUCUUCCCUGAAACAUUUCUACUCGCCUGCUUUAGAAGGAAGAGUGAGGAAAAGCACGGCUGUGCAGUGAAGAGAGACCCAGUCGUGCUUCUGCUGUUAAAGAUCUAACAAGAACAGCAGUGCCUGGUUUUUUGUUGCUCUGACAAUUUGUAGGAAAACCCCACAAGGUUUGAGGGCUGCUAUCCUAUCAUUUUGGUAUUCUGUUCCUGAAGUGGGUCAAUAUUUAAUUAAAGCAUUGUUCUGGCAGAGCACAGAGCAUUCUGCAUUUAACUUCCUAAGUAUUUGUUCCUUUUAGAACCUGGUGGAGGAGGAGGUUGGUUAAAAAUAACAUGAAAAGGAUUCUUUGAGCUCAAGUAUUAGGAAUGGAAUGUUAUCUACAGAAUGUAAGUUUUCAAAUUACAUUACCAAUGUCAGCAAACUGCUGUACUUUUUUUAGAUUUAAAUUUUAUUUCUUUUUUGGUCAGCUCUGGAAAUUAUUCUCCUCCUGUAUUCAGCAACUUCCACCUCAGGUUUUACUGAGAUUGUGCAAUCAUAUGAGAUACUUGGUUUUGAUGCAGUUUCUGUAACUGUUGAGUAUUUUUAUGUAACUAUAAGCUAGCUAAAAGCUAAACCAACUUUUUAUCUGAUUCGAAAGCAAGUAAAAUUUAGUCAUAGUUUGGUUCAAGCCAUUGAUCUGAACUUUAAUCAGAAGUCUUAAGAGGGACUGAUAUUGCAGCCAGUGGCUUAAAAGCACAGUGAAGGCAUGUAGUUCAUCAUACUUCAGAAAUUUUGCACACAGAUCAUCAGUAACAAGUUAGUUUCCUAUUGCUAUAAAAGGUAAGAGUUAAAGGGCAACAUCCUUAUCUUCCUUGGAAAGAAUCGUUAUUCCAGCUUGAUACCAUUGAUUUUAAAACUCCUGAGAUCUAAAAAUUUGCAUUAAUUAAUUUGCAAUACAUAUUGGUGAUGUGUUCCAGGACAGUUUUGUUAUUUAGAAAACAAGAGUCUGUGCAAGUCAUACUCAGCUGGGGGAUUAAAAAUCUUCUGCCUACCAAGUGUUUAUGGAGGACAGGUUUGGCAAAUAACUUUUUUGGGUUUUUUAUAAAUUAUAGAAGUUAGUCUGCUCAUAAUUGGGAAGUGAUCAGCGUUUUUUUCCAUAACCAAACACUGGGGUUUGGUGCUGCUGUUCAAAAACCCAGCCAUGAGCAGGAGGCAAAGGGUGUGUUGUGAGAGAGGCACCAUGAAAAACACACUGGGGAGCACAUCACGUCCAAGCAUUAGGCAUCAGGUUGAGAUUACUGCUCUAAGUUCAAACUAUUUAUUUCUAAUCAGUUAAGAUGCAGCUCAAACAAUGCAGUAAAAUAUAGGUUAACAAAAAGAUUUUGUAAAGAUACAAGUCAUCUAGAAUAAAAGUUAUGCCCAUUAUGCUCUCAUUACGCUCCUUUUGUUGUGGUUUGUCGGUUGGUUGUUUUUUUCAGAAGAGGCCUCUCAGCACUUUUAAGGUUCUUUUGUGACUGGAUUAGAUCCUGUUCCUUGUUCUGCCUUUCAGAUUCUGGGCAACUUUGAACACACCCGAAUUCCCCAGAAUGUGGGGAAGCUCAUGAGACUCAAGUUCUUUAUGAGUCCUUUUGACAUCUACUGCUUAAAAAGCACUUGUCUAUCUUAUGUUUAUCUUCAUGUUUUGAAGAAGGUAUUAUUUUCACAUACUGUACUGAGGAUCAAUGUGACAUUUACUAGCAGGUUCUUUAAAAUGUGAAAAUAUUCACAGGGUAAAUGUGGUGGUGCAUACUGUGGGAGUCAUUUUUUUGUAUUUAUUCAAAUUUGACUAUCCAAGUUAAAUAUUGUGCACCUGCAUCACAUACCUUUGUUCAAUUUAUUCUGUUUGUUCAUAGCGAACUUUCAGAAUCUCAAGAGCAAGAAUGGAAAAAUAUCCUACCCUGGCAAGAAUUCUUGUAAAAUAAGGCUACAGCACUUAAACAAGGCUCUGCAGGGAAACCUGUACUGCUGCUACUCGCCCUAGGUGUGCCAGAGGAAGAGCAGAUUUCUCUUACUAGGACUGAACAAAUACAUAAGCUGAGUUUUAGUGGAGGAAGUGCUCUGCACCAGUAGAGUGAGAACAUCGAAACAAAGGGAGAAUUAAACAGCAGAACACAGUGGUACAGGUAACUGCUCUUUCUCAUUUUAUUAAAACCCAUGUGGAUGGAUGCUGCUUUCCUCCAGUUCCAAGCAGAAAAUGUGCUCCUGACCAGGGUGUCUCCCAAGUGCAGUGAGGGUACAUAAAACUACCGUGACUGGAUGAGUUUUCCUGCUCUGUUACAUGUUCCAGUUAAUCAUCUCUCUACUUUGUCCUGCUUUUAUGUUAGCACCUUAUACUGACGGAGAACUUCAACCAUAAGGCAAUCCUGUAUUUGUUUGAAUAACUACCACAGGUUUAUAUAUAUAUUAAAUAUAUAAGAUAUAUAUAUAUAUAUAUAAACUAGCAUAGGUUUAUACAUAUGUAUAUAUAAAAGAAAGGUGUGAUACUACACUUAGGAAAUGGAAUUAAGGACUGCAAGUCUAUAGGCAACACAGUGUAACAGCAGCCUCAGACUUCUUACCUUUGGAUCUCUUGAGCAGAAGGUGCCAUGAGCUUAUCCAGUCUUUUUUUCCGUAGAGGAAAAUGGUGAGUUGCUUAGUGCUAAUAUAUCUGGAGCUGAGCAUAGUGUGCAGCUGUAAAAAUGAUGGUCUGAAAAUAGGUAACUUACUGGAUCCAAGGGAGCUUGCUCUCCACUGUUGUUAAUUCCUUACAAAAAAACAGAGGACAAAUCCUACUACCCACAUUUGACAGAUUGUUUCCACUCUAAGAGCUCUCUUACCUAGCAGGAGGUCAAAGCUCAGAUUAGCAGAACUAUGUUCCUGAUAGAGAUGUAUUAAUUGUGUUGGUAGCUUCCUGUAACCUUUUUCUAGAAGCCUCAAACCACAGAUGCUGAAAUUUAAGUAUUUCAACUAAAAAAAAAAAUUCCCCUCAAAUUGUGUUUGCACAGUUUGGUACCUUCCUGAUUUCAAAAGUGUUAUUGCCAGUGUUAUUGCCUUUCAUAAUUAAUAUAUCAGGUAGGUGAUUAUUCAUAUGCCAGGAAAAAUACAAAGUCAGAAUUCUUGGUAAGUUUUAACCUGAAGAGAAGAGGCUACCACAGUGACAUCUUGUAUGUUAUCACAUACCCUGUAUCUGGGGCGGUCAGGCUGUUAUCAUGAAAAUGGCAAUGUCACAUUUUUGCUGUGAAAAUUGCAAAUCUGAAGUAAGUGAAGGACCAUGUUGGAAUUUUUUUUCAUUUCUUUUACACUUUCAGGUGGAUCUUACACAGUGUGGCACAUACAGUGCUUCAAGGAUAUUUAUUUCAUAACAAGUUCUUUGCUGUUAAACCUCUGGAGACAAUUUACACUUCUCUGGCAGUUGGAUGAAUAAGCAAACCUGAGUUUUCCCACCUGCUUUAUAGUUACAAUACAUCAAACUUUAAACUGCAAAUUGGCAAGUAUUGUUCCUACCCUCAUUCUCUCAGCUAAAAUUCCAUAUUGAGAUUAUUUGUGUUCCCCUCCCUGUUAAUUAUUUUUUUUAAUGUAGUAGGAAAAAGUUUAUUAAGAGCCGUAUCUACAGUAGAACUCUUAAGUUCUUUCCCGGUAAGUUAUUAGUAUCCUAUUUAUUCCUAUAAGAUUUUUUUUCCCUAUGGUACAGAGUGUGGCACAAGCAGUUCAAGCUUCUAGAUGAUUGCCCAAAUAGUAAAGAAGAAAAGAAAACACACACAAUAUUCCUUGUGUGCUGCUGAACUAGGAUUUGUGGCAGGGACAACAUGGAUACGAGUAGCUGCUGUUGUUACCCUGAUGUUGGAUACUGCAGUUCUUUCCAUACUGGUUUUGUAUUUUUCCAGCUGAAGGAAAAAAGUCUUUUAAAGUUACUGCAUAUUUUGUCAACUCUUUCAUUUUGACUCAGACCGUAUGAAGCGCAUACAUAAAAGAAGUCUACAGAGAGAUAACUACACUAGUUUUCAGUGACAAGGUUUAUCUGUAUUUUAACAGUUAAACCCACUAUGUUAAUAAAACAAGACUUCUGAACAAUAA